AUGGCACAAAGCAAAGAGGUAGUUGCUGAACCUCGACUGUUCGCUUGCGCCCGGGUAGCUACCGCAGUGCUGACACACUUUCUGGGCAUAAUCCUUACGGGCUUCGUCGCCUUUCUGGCUCGACCUGGUACAAGUUGGUUUUCCUGGCAUCCGUUCCUCAUGACACUAGCAUUCUCAUUCUUCAUGACCGAAGCCAUCCUCCUCUUCUCGCCCCAUGGAUCCCCCAUCAAGAGGUUUUCCCACAAGGUGAAAGGGCGUGUUCACUGGAUAUUGCAGUGUGCUUGCGUGACGUGUGCCACGCUUGGCCUGGUGUCCAUCUUUUACAACAAACACCUGCUCGGCAAGUCUCACUUCACCUCCUGGCAUGGUGUGCUGGGCCUGAUUACGGUGUGCGUGGCGGCAGUGCAGUCUCUUAGUGCCGUGCCCCUCAUUUACCACUCUUUGGCCAAAGGCUGGUCAUUGGCUAAGCUCAAGAGGUACCACGCAGCAUCCGGGCUGGUCACCUAUCUGCUUGGCAGCGUCAGUUUGCUCCUCGGCUUGACUUCUGUGUGGUUCACCGCGUCAGUCAGUGAAUUCACUUGGUACCUGGCCGCACUGUGUCCUACUUUCAGUGCCCUCAUCAUGAUGAAUCAAGUUACCAGUGCUUAUGUGGCAAGGAAACGCUUCCAGUCCUAA